CACAAGUAGUCGAGGAUAACUUGGUUUUCUGAAUUCAACUUCAUCUUAUUGGGAACAAUUUGAAUAUAAGAAUUAUGUAAUAGUCGUUUUAUCGACUAUGUACUAUAUAAUAGAAGCGAUUUAUAGGGAACCUUCAGUUGUCAUAAACAAUGCGAUAGAACGACGAAUUAUGGCGUCUCGUAAUUCUCUUGUAAAAGUGUAAUAGAGAUGUUUUAAUAAUUAAAACCGGGUAAAGGAAAAAGGGGAUCGGGAGAAUUGUUUUUCAGAGAUUUGUUGAACUCGCCGUUCCGCUCGCCGCGGAAUGUUUUUUGAUGCAUGAAAACAUAUUGCGCAGACUUUAUACUUUAUCUCAUGCGUGAUUAUAUAUAUGUAUAUAUAAAAAAAAUAGUAUUGAAAUCAUCUCUCUGUCGAAGAAGAUGGGAUGGGAGACGGAAAGUGGGAAGCAAUUUGUUCAAACAUUCUCGAUCGAACAAGUUUAAAACUGCUCGAAUUUGUGAUUUUUGAUUUUUCUCUCGAUAUUUUCUCGAUUGUUGUGCGCCUUCGGUGUCGAUAAGGAAGGGAUCUUCUUUUUUUCCUUUAAAACUUUUCCCCCAAUAUUAUUAUUCACUAUAGAAGAAAUAAGAAAUUUCUCGAGAAAAUUUUUUUCAGUUUCAAUCUCGAAUAUAUCUGAAAUAUAUAUAAAAAAGAUUGGUAGUGUAAAUAAUUGAGCGACCAACUUCUUGGCGACGGAGAGGAGAAGAAGAAAAGGGUCACGUUGAACAUUGACACGAAAAUGUUAAAGAUUGGAUUUAUCGGAGGUGGAAAGAUGGCCCAGGCUUUGGCAAGAGGUUUCAUACGGUCUGGAUUAAGCAAAGGUGAAAUGAUGUUGGCUAGCUGUCUUCCAAAUGAUAUGAGUAGCAUAGAUGCGUUUAAGGAAAUAGGAUCAAAUACUGUAUUUUCAAACCAACCUGUAAUUGAUCAUGGCGAUGUUCUGAUUUUAUCGGUGAAACCACAGGUGGUUCCAAAGGUUCUUCCGGAAUUGAAGAAUUACAAGAAACUUUUACUUUCUAUUGCUAUGGGUAUUCCAUUGGCAUCAUUAGAAAAGGCCUUACCAGAUGGAACUCCGGUAAUCAGAGUAAUGCCCAAUACGCCAGUUCUUGUAGGUUGUGGUGCAACGGUGUAUGCUCGUGGAAAGUAUGCAGGCGAUAAAGAAGCUGAAAUAGCAGAAAAAUUAUUCUCCUCUGUGGGUCUAUGCGAAGAAGUACCUGAAAAUUUAAUUGAUCCUGUUACGGGUUUAGCUGGUUCAGGACCUGCAUAUGUAUAUAUGAUGAUAGAGGCUUUGGCGGAUGGAGGUGUAAAAAUGGGUCUCAUGAGGCCAUUUGCGUAUAAAUUAGCUGUUCAAACUGUUCUUGGAGCUGGUACUAUGGUACGAGAUACGAAGACACAUCCAGGACAGCUUAAAGAUGAUGUAGCAUCGCCAGCAGGCUCUACCAUAGUUGCAUUACAUUAUUUAGAAGAGCAUGGAUUGAGAUCAGCUAUAAUUGGAGCAGUUGAAGUCUCAACGAAACGAUGUAAAGAAGUUAGUUUAAAUGCAGAGAAAAAAUAGAUUGACGGAAUAAAGGAAGAAUUGUUGUAGUUGUUGAUAAAAAAAAAAGUAAGAAGAAAGUAAGAAAGCAUUGUUGUAAUUGUAGAAAA